GCGCUCACACGAAAGCCGGCGGCGGCGGGAAGCAGUCGUGUCGCCUUCUUUCUCUCCCUCUCUCUCUCUGUGAGGACCUUCUCUACCUCAAGGCAGAGCCCUCCAGAAGGCAGGCAAGAAGGGAGGAAGGGGCCUUCCUUUCAGAGGGUCAGGGCGGCUCUCGUCGUGUCCCCCCUUUCGGGAAGAAGAUGCACACGACGCAGAAGGACACCACGUACACCAAGAUCUUCGUCGGGGGCCUGCCCUACCACACCACCGACUCCAGCCUCCGCAAGUACUUCGAGGUCUUCGGGGAGAUCGAGGAAGCCGUCGUCAUCACCGACCGGCAGACGGGCAAGUCCCGCGGAUACGGAUUUGUGACGAUGGCCGACCGAGCUGCUGCUGAAAGGGCCUGCAAGGAUCCUAAUCCGAUCAUUGAUGGCAGAAAGGCAAAUGUGAACCUAGCAUACCUAGGAGCAAAACCAAGGAUAAUGCAGCCAGGUUUUGCCUUUGGUGUUCAGCAGCUUCAUCCGGCAUUAAUACAGAGGCCUUUUGGGAUCCCUGCUCACUAUGUAUACCCACAGGCUUUUGUGCAACCAGGAGUAGUUAUCCCACAUGUCCAGCCGACCGCAGCUGCUGCCUCCACCUCACCUUACCUUGACUACACUGGAGCUGCCUAUGCUCAGUAUUCAGCUGCUGCUGCGGCCGCCGCAGCCGCCGCAGCCUACGACCAAUAUCCCUAUGCAGCUUCCCCUGCUGCUGCAGGAUAUGUCACGGCCGGGGGCUACGGCUAUGCAGUCCAGCAACCACUCACUGCAGCCACUCCUGGAACAGCUGCCGCAGCUGCAGCAGCUUUUGGGCAAUACCAGCCACAACAGCUGCAAACAGAUCGUAUGCAAUAGCAGAUGGACUCAUGAAGAAAGUUUAUUUCUUAUUCAUUCUUUGUAGAAUUUUACCUUCCAGCCUUCCAAUAGAAAUAGUUGUACAAGAGGCAAUUAA